AUGUGGCAUCUUCUGCGCAAUGCCUUGACACUCCCAUCUCGACGGAACAGGCCUGGCAUUCGCCUUCCGCGUCCGCUUCCACGCACACAUCUUGCAACCAUCUCCGCACGCCUGCAACACACAUCUCAGCCACAGGCGGGUAUACGUCUUCGGGACUAUCAACAAGAAUGCAUACAGACCGUGCUGGAGUACUUGAGCAAGGGGCACAGAAGACUGGGAAUUUCGUUGGCCACUGGCAGUGGAAAGACUGUCAUCUUCACGCAGCUCAUCGACCGUGUCCUGCCUCCCGGCCAUGAAGCCACACAGACUCUCAUCCUCGUCCAUCGGCGCGAACUCGUCGAACAAGCGGCGCGACACUGUAUGGCAGCAUACCCUUCGAAGACGGUCGAGAUCGAGAUGGCAUCCAGUCACGCCUCCGGCCUAGCCGACAUUACCGUGGCCUCUAUACAAAGCAUAGCUUCCGGAGAACGAAUACGCAAGUUCGAUCCGAGAAGGUUUAAGCUGGUGUUAGUGGACGAGGCGCAUCACAUCGUGGCAUCGCAGUACCUGAGUGUUCUGGAGCACUUUGGGCUGAGGCACUCAGGGGAGUCACUUACGGCCCUCGUCGGCGUUUCCGCUACCUUCUCUCGGCCGGAUGGACUACGCCUUGGGACGGUCAUCGAUCACAUCGUCUACCACAAGGACUACGUCGAUAUGAUUGGAGAGAACUGGCUGUCGAACGUGAUAUUCACGACUGUAGAGUCCAAGGCAGACGUCUCCGGCGUCAAAACCGGCAUGAACGGAGAUUUCCAAACAGGAGCAUUGUCGAGGGCCGUCAACACUCCCGGGAUCAACGACCUCACGGUCAGAGCGUGGAUGGCACGCGGCGCUGGGAGAAAGUCAACUCUGGUGUUCUGCGUAGAUCUCAACCACCUCUCUCACCUGACCGGCACCUUUCGUCACUUCGGCAUUGACGCCCGGUUCGUCACUGGCGAUACACCGCAAACCACACGGAGCAAGACGCUUGAUGCAUUCAAGAACGGCGAGUUUCCCGUGCUCCUCAACUGCGGUGUCUUCACUGAAGGAACCGACAUCCCGAACAUCGACUGCGUACUUCUUGCGCGCCCAACGAAGUCUCGAAACCUGCUUGUGCAGAUGAUCGGACGAGGCAUGCGCCUUCAUCCGGGAAAGAAGGACUGUCAUAUCAUUGAUAUGGUCGCUUCGCUGCAGGCGGGCAUCGUCACGACCCCGACAUUGUUCGGUCUUGAUCCAUCGGAGAUAGUCACCGACGCCGCAGUCAGUGACAUGGUCAGCAUUAGAGACCGCAAGGAACGGGAAGCCAUGCGAGAACGUGAGGCUGCGGGUGGCCAAUAUGUGGCGCCUACAAGCAGCAGCUCGAAUCGCGUUGUCACGUUUACCGAUUACGACUCUGUAUAUGAUCUCCUGGAAGACACAUCUGGGGAGCGCCACAUACGCGGCAUCAGCCCCCUGGCCUGGGUAGAGGUUGGAGAAGACCGCUACAUCCUGUCUACCCAGCGCGGCGACUUCCUGACAAUCGAAAAAGAGGCAGGGUCUUUUGUGGUCAAAUACACUCAGAAGCUCCCCCCUGGCGCCAGGAGCAGGAGUCCGUUCAUGCGACCGAGGCAAAUUGCGAGUAGCGAUACCUUAAAGCACGCAACAGGUGCCGCGGAUACCUUUGCCCAAGAGACCUUCGAGUGGAUCUUCAUUGCAACUAACCAAGCAUGGCGGAAGAAACCCGCGUCUGAGUCACAGCUCAUAUUCUUGAACAAGCUGCGGGAUAAAAGUGAUCAGCUGACAGAAGAUACGAUCACGAAGGGCCGCGCUGGGGAUAUGAUUACGAAGAUCAAGCAUGGCGCAAAAGGAAGGUUCGAACAGCUAAGCGUCAAAAAGCGGGCUGUUACGAGGGAUGUACAGAAACGCGCCAAGGUUGAUGAGUUACGGACCCGGGAGCGAGUCCAGGUUGGCCCACUCAAUGAUCUGACGUUGCCACAAUACACGGCACAGGACGACGCUCUGCAGUCAGAUCAGGUUGCUAUACAAUGA